CCCAACGAUUAACAAGACGACAAAAUGAGACUAAACGAACACCAAGCCCUCACAACCACCCAAAUCCUCCUCGUCCCCUACAGCACCCACCACGUCCCCACCUACCACGCAUGGAUGGAAGACGAAGCCCUGCGCGCCGCCACCGCCUCCGACCGCCUGACGCUCGAAGAGGAAUACGCGAUGCAACGCAGCUGGCGCACAGAUCGGGAUAAGUUGACUUUUAUCUUGUGUUUGCCUGCGGCUGAGUGUGCUUCUAAGGCGGUUGUGGAGGGGCGGCGUGAUGAGGUGGAGAGGAUGGUAGGGGAUGUGAAUCUUUUUCUCUAUGAGGUUGACGACGACGACGACGACGACGACGACGACGACGAGGGAACGCGGCUGAGCAAUGGCGCAUCUGCACAGCGAUCUCUAAUCGGCGAACUCGAACUCAUGAUUGCCCGACCUGAACAUCGACGUCAAGGCUACGGUCGCGCGGCGCUGCUGACGUUCAUGGAGUACAUUCUCCUCAACUGGGAGCGCAUAGCAGCAGAAUACACGGCGUCGGAAGGAGGCGGAGCAAGGUCUCCCCUUGCCUAUCUACGCGUAAGGAUCAACGAGACGAAUGCCAGCUCCAUCCGAUUGUUCACGAGUGUCGGGUUCCAGCAGACUACAGAGAAGGCGAAUUACUUUGGCGAACUGGAGUUGAGG